AUGCUUCAGCCCACAUCUGAGCCAUGGGAGAAAACAGGGACGUGCUAUGGCUUACCAGAGAUACGGAAACAAUGUAUAUACUCAAAACUUCGGUAUGACAACCAAGGACUUGAUCGGGAUGCAGAAGAAAUGGGUGACUGCAACAAGUUUUACAAAACCUACUCCAAAAACAAUCUCACUGGCGGCAUUCUCGUACUUUGGUGCACACAUUCUGUCUGUCUCGGCUUUCACUCUAUCCCAGUUGCAGAAGGCCGAAAUGAUGUCUUUUCUGCAAUCUACACCCGAUUUCUGGUUGCACCAAAAGUCAUAAUUUAUGACUUUGCUUGUCAACUUGCACCAUACAGCUUCAUUCGUGAAGCCCGCUAUUUCCAGCACACACGGUUCCUUAUUGAUGAAAUGUAUGCUCAUGAUCACACUCGUUGUGGUAAAGCAUGUUUUGCAAGCAAUGCUAUGCGAUUUGAUGAUCAUGUUUGUGCUGUAAACACCAGUGCAGCUGAAUGCGGGAAUAAAGGUAUCAAGAGGAUACGCAAAAGUGUCAGUUUCAUGAUUCACGAUCAUGCAGUACAGUACACCAAAGUUUUUCUUGAUAUCUGGAAUCGGAACACGAUCAAUAGGAUAUAUACCAUGCAUGCUAAGUAG